CCCCCGCCCGCUCAGCCGAGUCCGUGCUCGUCCCCGUCCCCGCCGGCGUCGAGUGUGACUAGACUUGGCAGCCUAAUCGUCCUAUCAAGCUUUCUUCCCCUUCUCUCCAUCACUGCCAGUCCCACGUAUCGUGCAUCGUCAUCAUCAUCUCUCCACCCAGCAUCUCACCUCAUUCAUAGUCUUCGCCGCACCGACGUCGACGUCGUCUCCGGCGUCGCUCGCUCUUUGGGUGCCGCGUGCCGUGCCGUGCCGCCAGCCAAGAUCUCAGCGCAGCAGCGAUGCCUCCCGUCCGCACGGGCGAGGAGUCAUCCCCGCCUCCAGCUCAGUCCAGCUCAAGCGCAGCGAGGAUGAGGGUCGCUUCGCCUGGUACAGAGGGGAGUCCGCCUCCUGCAGGCGGAGGCGGUAGUAGCAGCAAGGAUGGAGGAUCGGGAGGAGGGAUUAAGCAGCAAAAGGCCUGCAUUCAUUGCCGCAAAUCAAAGGUCAAAUGCAUCAACGACGGAGGCCCACCAUGCCGUCGAUGCGCCGAUGCUCGUCUCGAAUGCAAGUUCAGGCUACGGGCAGACGAUGAGACCUGGAGAGAGAAGACCGACGAUCGUCUAAGCCAGAUCGCUAGGAAGCUUGACGACUUCAUCAGCGCUGCGCACCCGCCUCAUCACCGUGGAGGUGGGUCGACCUCAGCAGCUCCUGGGCCGUCCUCCCUGCCGUAUCAUCAUCAUCACACUCACCCUUCAUACCCAUCUAUGGCCCCGCCUCCCCUGCCUAGCCCGGGGAUAAGGGCGCGCGCGAGCAGCGGGGCCACAAGCAGUCCCUCGGCCCCGUACCCGAUGAUGAUCUCCAAGGCUAGCCCGCAUAGCGACCACAGCUGGAGUAUGGACCACACCUCGCCUGGCGGACCAAGGCAGAACAGCGGGCCAGGAGGUGAUGUAGUCAACUCCUCUUCUCACCAUCAUCGCCGCUCCUCUAGCAUGCGCGGAGGCGACCUUCUCUCUGCCCCGCCCGGCGUCGUUAUGGCAGGUGGCCCUCACUCUCCCGGCGAAUCUCUGACUCCUCGAUAUCACAACCCGCCGCCACUCUCCUCUGUACCCAUGCUGCCGCCGUUGACGCUGGACCCAAGCCAAGGAGCUGUACCGUCUUCACUGCAGGCCGUCAGCCAUCAUUCGGCGCCUUUUUACCUCACCAACCCGCUGCCUAUGCGUUGGACGAGUGGCAUCUCUAGCAAGGAGAGUUAUGGCGCGCCUGUGCCUUACAUUGGGCGAGAUGAUCCCCGUCUCACCUGCAUCAGUCGCGGUCUCUGCCCCCUCGAGCGUGUUCGCCAACUCUUCAUGUUCUUCGCCGAUCGUAUGCAGCCACACAGCUUUGGCUUCCCGACUUUCCCUCCCUCCGAGCAGAUGACCCCACUAAUCAUAUCCUCCAUCGCCAUGGUCGCUUCCCUCCACGAAGCCUCCAGCCGCCAGUACCACGGCGUGCUCAAGGGAGACGUCCUCUCUCAACUGCCUACAGAGACGGACCUGACAGAAGAGCACAGCCUGGAUCCAGAGCUUGGCAUAGGCGUGGAGGAGAUUACGGCCGCCUGCAUUGCCAGCUCAUGGCUAGGAGGGGACGAAGCUUGGAAGCUCGCACGCACCGCCCGCUGGUGGGCCCUCGCCUACCUCCGGCACUACGAGCUUAACAUGACUCCCGGCCCCUUUGGCGGAGUAGGGCAAGGACGGUCGGUCACGCUCGGCGAGGCCCUCACGAUUCUCCCUCCCUUCCGCAAUAUCGACCUCUCGGUCAAGUUGCGUAUCUGGCUCGAGUCCUACAUCGUCGAUGCACAACAGUGCUUCAUGCUCGACCGCGCUCCGCUGGCUCCCAUGCAGACGCCGCACCAGUAUUGCGAGACACUGCGUGGGGUCUACUAUCAGAACGCGAGGGAUACGGCCUUUCACAAUGGGAAUGCCAAUGGUGGAGGCGCUAAUGGAGGGGUGCCGAAGCUGAGCCAGCAUGAUAGGCAGCUGAUUGCGCAUGCCAAUCUACUCGACGUCUUGCUCGAGGCGCAGAGGGCCGAGAGGAUGACGGAUUAUUCGACGCUGCAUCAUCAGAAUGGGGGUGGCGGCGUGGAUCAUGGUGCGCAGGAGGAAAUUGUCAGAGUGAGAUUGAGCCAAAUUCUGGCGCAGAUGGAGGCGGUCGAUCGUUGGAGGGAGCUUUGCAGGCGAGAUGAAGACGUUUCAGCCGCAACACCCUCCUCGAUGGACCUGACCUUCAUCUACCACCUCGCUCGCGCCUACAUCGGCUCGCUCGCCCUCUCCCUACCGUCCGUCUCAGCCGCCUACACCCCCAACGGGAGCAGCGAGGCAAAUCACGCCACCUCCCUUUCAUCAUCUCAAGUCUCCCUCGUCUCUUGGGCAAAGGAAGCAGCCCUCACUUCUCUGGAGCUCGCGCAAGAGAAGAAAGGUCGCGGCUUCGGGGACCGAAUCGUAGCCAUGCCCACGUGGUACCACUUUCUCCUCACACAGAUCGUCGGGUUCCUCCUUCAGCUCAUUCAACGCAAGCACCGCUUCCUCCUGGCAAGGGAGGCGCGCACCAUUCUCAUCAAGUUGGAGCCCUUUGUCCAACUCUACGUGUUCGAGAUCAAUGCGCACGCCUGCUUGGCUCCCGCGUUCAACUUUGGCGGGCCAACAGCCAGUGGAGAAGAGGGAGCUGCGCCUGUUCCGCCGCCUAUACCGAAUGCGAGUGGAAGGCACCCGGCUGCGGCCAUGGCUGAGAUGAUGGCGAGGGGAAUUGCGCAUGUGAAGGCGCAGAGCAAGGGGUAGUCAGCGCGACCUAGGCUCACCGGCGCGAUGCAAGCAUUGGGGCCGUGUAGCAAUAGAGCCACGGUCCCAAGUAGACAUGCUCCUUCCCACACCUUGAGCUUCCUUUCUCUCGACUUUUUCCCUCCUGUAUUCUUUCCCAAUAAUUCUGCGCCUCCGUUACU